GUUUUACUAAAACUGUACAAAGUGAAAAUUACAUUGGAAAUGGACACUUACAGAAAAUUAAAAAAAUUAAUAUUGAAAGGCAUCAAGAAUGAGUAUAAUGAAAACGGAUUUGGUAACAGUGUACUUAAAGAUGAGAAAUUUGUAUCAGUUGAAGCCUCAACUGAGAAACAUCAGAAUUCAAAAUCUAAAAGUUAUGGUCAAAAAUUUGUUUUACGAACUUUUGGAGUUUUAGUCGGUUAUAAACGUAAAAAUUUAUCUAAUAAUGAUCAACAUGAGAAUUUUAUUGCAUUGAGUUCUGGUGACCUGUCAUAUAAAAAAGACAAAGUUUUGGGUUUAAAAGAUUACAAAAAAGAUUCAAUCAAAUCUAUUAUGGAGUUGAAUCCAUCCUGUUUUCUGAAAAUUCCUACCUUGUUAUUAGGUAGUGGCAAUUACUUGGCUUUAAAUAUAGCGUCUUUUAGCUCCUUUAGCCAAACAGAAGAAUGCUAUCAAGAGAAAGUACCAUCAAAAGUGUUUGAAGAGUUAAUUUCUCCAAGACUCGUGCUAAAACUUUUAAAAAAUGAAAAAGAUAUUACUUUAAAACAUGGAAUCACUAAUUCGUUAUUAAAAGCUCAGCAUAGAUAUUCAUGUGAUGUAAUGGUUUCGGAAAAGACGAGAUCUAGUCCUUACAAUAUAUACAAAAAAUUUCCUUUAAAGGAUAUAUCUCCUACUGUGUUUAAAAGAACACCCUCUUCAAAACUAGGUAAACUCAUUGAAAAGUUCGACAAGUUUUUCAAGGAUAAUAGUAUUAAUUUGCCAACGAAUUCCACACAUAACAGCACUACGUUAAAAAAACAGUUUGCUCUUGAAGUACAAUGUGACAAAGAGACGACUUCUUUAUAUACGCAACCUAACCAUGAGGUUGAUUUACAGCCCUUGAUUAAUAUACGUAAUAAACCUAAUACGAUAUUGAAAACUGAACAUGGUUACUCAGGCAAUAAGAUAGUUUUGGAAAAAACUAAAACCAGUCCUUACGAUGUAUAUCGAAAAUUCCCUUUUAGGGAUAUUUCUGUCGCUGUGUUUAAAAGAACACCCUCUCCAAGACUUGGUAAACUCAUUGAAAAUUUUGAUAAGUUUUUCAACGCUAAAUGCCAAGAUUUUUCUUUGAAUACUACACAAAAUAUCAUUGACGUAGAAAAAAAUUAGAUUUUUGAAAUCAGUUUGAAGAAAUAAGAUUAAAAUAAACGUAUAAUCUACUAAAGCGGUUGUAUCAUUUGAAAGAAAUAUUAAUAAUAAUGUCAAUUUAAACUUUAAAUUUGAGGUGAUUUUGUAAAGACUAAAUCUUGUCUUAAAAAAAAAUUUCUUUUGUGGAAUACGUCUAUCACAAAGUUGAAAAGCGUACUUUUUAUAAGACUCAGAAAAUUAAAAAUGUUUGGUGAUUUUGCUAAGAAAUAAAGUAAUAAAUAAUACGUUGUCAGUAACAAUUUUUAAAUGCUAAUUAAGACUGCGUAGCAUUCAAAAUACACUGCUUUAGUUAUUUAAUUCGUUAAAAAUGACAAAACAUCAACAAAAUCGUUAAUUUCACUGAUGUUGCACUUUUUAUCACAAAUCAAAAAAUUUUAAUACUUGUUUAUAUCUUUUUUUUUUACAUAAUUAUCUUAUUCAUUCAUCUAUAUAAUCUUUUUGAAACUUUUUGUUCUUAAAUUUUUA